GUUCUCAUCUCUCUCUCUCUCUCUCUCUCUCUCUCUCUCUCUCUCAUGUGUUAAGGUGCUCCAUUUUUCACUCUGUUAUCUUUUUCACUCCACAGCACAACCUCCAUUUCCCUCUUUCUCAGAUCUUCAUUGCAUUCCAUGGAUCUGUAAAUUCCACUGCAUUGUUGUAUUUUACAUAGGGUUUACUCUUCGCAUGCUUGUUUGGCCGCUUUAGUGUGUGUAAAGACAUGCAAUCUUACUGUUUGAGCAAAGGAGCUGAUGGAGGAUUUUGUUUGCGUCAUCGGAACCCUAAAAACUUCCGUCGAGAGACAUUGGAGCUCGUUGGUUUUUGAUUCUGAUGAUGGUGUGUGCGAAUGGCUUACCGGAGAGAGAAGAUGCCAACUCUGAUGUUUCUUUUUCUUCUCCCUGUGCUCACUCUGGUUUCUACUAGUUUUGGGAUUCCGAUAUUGCAGAUCCGCUUGUCUCCUCUACUGCCAAGCCAACCAUCUUUUGUGGAAAAAUUCUCACAGGGGGAUGUGAGGUUAAUCAGGAUGAGUCCAUCAUAUGCUCCGUCAAUUGCUCCCCAUGCAUGGCGGUCUAGGCCUUCAUUGGAACUGUCAAGUGCACCUGCUGCUUCUGCAAUGCCUCAAGGUCCUGUUGCUGGUCCUAGCAGUAGUACAAGACAUCACCACCAUCAUAAACGGGCGAGAAAUCAUGCAGUCUCCCCUUCUCCGUCCACAGUAGCAGGUUGUGGUCAAACUUGUGUGGAGCCACUUACUUCAACUCCCAUUGGUUCACCCUGUGGUUGUGUGUUUCCGAUGAAAAUUAGACUUCUUCUAGAUGUAUCUCUUUAUGCCAUCUUUCCUGUGGUUAAUGAGCUAGAGAUUGAGGUUGCAGCAGGCAUAUAUCUGAAACAAAGUCAAGUGAUCAUAAUUGGCGCCAGUGCUGAUAGUCAAAAUCAGGAAAGAACAGUGGUGGAUAUUAACUUGGUUCCUCUGGGGGAGAAGUUUGAUAAUACCACUGCUAUGCUGACUUAUGAAAGAUUUUGGCAGAAUAAGGUCCCUCUAAAUAAGACUCUUUUCGGUAACUAUGAAGUGGUGUACAUUACAUACCCAGGGCUUCCUUCUGCGCCUCCAUCUGGGAAUUUCUCUGGUAAUGGUCCAAGUGGAAGUGUUGGAAAUCAGCAAUUCCCUGUCACUGCAGAAUUUGUAAACAAAAGCGAGAAAAUGAGGCCUAAAAUUAUUUUCGUCUCCACUUUGUCAGCAGUAGUGCUCUUGCUGGUUUGCUGUGGGGCAGUUUUCAUCCUCUUAAAAUGCAGGAAGGUUGGCAGACCUUCAAAUGCUGUUGGUCCUGCAUAUACAGUACCUGCAAGUAAAAGAUCUGGAAUUGGGUCUACAUUAUCAAGUAGCCCAGCAAUCUCCUCAUCAGUGUCUCUUGUUUCUGCCAUGCCUGCAUCUAUUCUCUCUGUCAAAACAUUUGCACUUGCAGAGCUUGAGAAGGCCACAGAGAAGUUUAGCUCUAGAAAAGUUUUGGGUGAAGGAGGAUUUGGACGUGUUUAUCAUGGGGUCCUGGAAGAUAGAUCCGAAGUUGCCGUGAAAUUGCUAACAAGGGAUAAUCAAAAUGGAGACCGUGAAUUUAUUGCUGAAAUUGAGAUGCUAAGCCGUUUGCAUCACCGUAACCUUGUUAAACUGAUUGGUAUAUGCAUUGAAGAACACACACGCUGCUUGGUUUACGAGCUUGUUCCAAAUGGCAGCGUUGAGUCCCACUUGCAUGGUGUGGACAAGAGAAAGAGGCCUCUUGACUGGGAUGCACGUUUGAAGAUUGCUCUUGGUGCGGCAAGAGGAUUGGCUUAUCUUCAUGAAGAUUCUAAUCCACGUGUGAUUCACCGAGACUUCAAGGCAAGUAAUGUCUUACUAGAAGAUGACAUCACUCCCAAGGUUUCAGAUUUUGGGUUGGCGAGGGAAGCAACAGAAGGAAGUCAUCAUAUUUCCACUCGAGUUAUGGGUACUUUUGGGUAUGUUGCUCCUGAAUAUGCAAUGACAGGGCAUCUACUUGUCAAAAGUGAUGUUUACAGUUAUGGGGUUGUGCUAUUAGAACUUCUCUCUGGGAGAAAACCCGUGGACAUGUCUCAACCUCCAGGACAAGAAAACCUUGUGACUUGGGCACGGCCCCUACUUACCAGUAGGGAAGGUUUGCAACAGCUGGUGGAUCCUACCUUGGCUGGAAGCUACGACUUUGAUGACAUGGCUAGGGUGGCUGCCAUUGCUUCCAUGUGUGUUCACCCGGAGGUGACUCACCGGCCAUUCAUGGGGGAAGUCGUGCAGGCCUUAAAGCUCGUAUACAACGAUACAGACGAGACUUGUGGGGAUUGCUGUAGUCAGAAAGAGUCUUCUGCUCGAGAUUCAGACUUCAAAGGCGAUCUUGUACCUUCUGACAGUAGUUGGUGGAAUGCUGGCGCUCUUACCCCGAGGUUAACUUAUGGGCAUGCCUCCUCUUUCAUAACAAUGGAUUACAGUUCAGGUCCGCUUGAAGAGUUAGAAAACAGACCGUUUUCAGCUUCAAGUUUAUUUGGGGGAGGAGGGGUUUCUUUGCCCAUCGGGCAUGGGAAUAGAUCUGGUCCUUUGAGGACAGUUCGGAGUAAACCAGCCUUUUAUAGGUUAAAGGGGAGUAUGAGUGAACAUGGUGGAUUGCUCCCAAGGUAUGGUUGGGAUGGCGGCACUGGUUAUGAAGCGUCGUUUUAGUGCUUUUGAAUUGUACAGUAUGGAAGGGCCAUUGAUAUUCAAAGAGUGUUUUUCAGUGUAGUUUAGGAGUUUGAUUGGUGCGGUUUCUAUAUAUGAAAGAGAGAGGCUUCUAAUUUUGAUGAUCUUAAUUCAUUACCAUACAAAAGGAGGUGUAAGGUGGGAUGCUCCCGUGUUGUAUAUGUAGUCAAUUUGUUUCUU